CCGUCCCCUCCAGCUCCGCCCGUCGCCUCGCUCCGCAGCUACCCUCACUAGCAGCAGCCCCAGGCAGUGGCACGACGGUCCCCGCCAUGUCUGCGGCCAUGAGAGAGAGGUUCGACCACUUCCUGCACGAGAAGAACUGCAUGACCGACCUCUUGGCCAAGCUCGAGGCCAAGACCGGCGUGAACCGGAGCUACAUCGCGCUCGGUGUCAUCGGGGUGUUGGCCUUGUACCUGGUGUUCGGUUGUGGAGCCCCUCUCCUCUGCAACCUGAUAGGAUUUGGCUACCCAGCCUACAUCUCAAUUAAAGCCAUAGAGAGUCCCAACAAAGAUGAUGAUACCCAGUGGCUGACCUACUGGGUCGUGUAUGGUGUGUUCAGCAUUGCCGAAUUCUUCUCCGACUUCUUCCUCUCAUGGUUACCCUUCUACUACAUGCUGAAGUGCGGCUUCCUGUUGUGGUGCAUGGCCCCGAGCCCCUCUAAUGGGGCAGAACUGCUCUACAAGCGCAUCAUCCGCCCUAUCUUCCUGAAGCAUGAGUCCCAGGUAGACAAUGUGGUGAAUGAAAUGAAGGACAAAGCCAAAGGGACUGCAGAUGCCAUCACUAAAGAAGUCAAGAAAGCUGCCGUGAAUUUGCUGGGUGAUGAAAAGAAGAGCACCUAAACCCAACUGGAUGGAGCCUCCUGCCCUCUGUACCUUCCUGUUAGAGCUUGAUGUUGUGUUAGGGACUGUGGUAUAAUCAUUUUAAUGUUGCCUUGGAAACAUUUUUGAUAUAUUUAAAAAUGGAAUGUGUUGGGGUUUUUUUUGCUUACUUUUACUGUCUAUAUACGUAGGGAACCCUUUAAUUUAAAUUUAAUGCAAUGGGCAGUAUUCAAAUUUUUGGAAAAUAUAUUUUGCCUCUUGGUAGGAUAAGACGUAUUUACUAUCCUGCCAGAAAUAUAAACUUAAAAUAAAAUUAUAUAUCCCAUGGGCUUUGUACUUUAAUGGGCUCUCUUUGCAUGCAUUUUCUUUGUACUUAUAUUUUAGGACACUCUUUAAGGUUCUACUUCAUGUAAGGUACAGUUUUGUAUUAAAUGUUUUUGAUGUAUUGGCGCAUACAUAUAUGUAGGGAAAUGUACUGACUAUAACAUGCAUAAUGCUCUUGGAGAGCACCUGCCAAAAUCUGGAGGUUCCACUGUGCCGGUGUAAUCUGCUAAAAAACACUUGAGAAAAUUACUACAAAUGAGUAAUAAUUGGAAUGAUUAGUUAAGCGAUAAAUGAAUUUGAAUGGAGGUUGUGCCGGUGGCUUUCUUAACAUUGCAGCAGCUGAAUGCUAAAAGAGCUUUGUACAGUAGUCACUUUGCUGAUAAAUGGGGAAAUGUGCACACAUCAGUAAUCACAGCUCCCAAUUCCUGUUGAACUAGUAAUACUGUCUUAUGGCCUUUUGAUAACCUGCUUAUAAGCUUUAUUUUGUCUGUUUUUGAGAUGCUAAAGUGGAAAUCAUCCCUGGUUCCACCCUCAAUGCUAUCAUGUUGGUUUAGCCUUGUUUUUUUUCCCCCCAGUCUUUUUUUAAACCACUUUAAGGACCCUCCAGAGGCUUGCCCACCCCUGAUUACAUGUAUGUUCUUGUUUAUGUCAUUAGCCAGCAGUACGUGCUAAUGAUGACACCAGGCUCUAAAAGCAAUUUUGGGAGACUGAAAGGACGUAUGGUAUAACCUGUAAUCUGGUUAAGUAAAACUGCCUUCACCUUCUUUCUCUGGCCUUCAAGGUCAAACACUAGAGGCCUCCCCAGUUCACAAGUCAGAAUCGCUUGUAGUCGGCCUAAAUGCCUUCAUCUUUAUGCUUUAAUUUGAUAAAUUUCAUGUAACUACAUAAUUUGAGUAUAUAGCAAAAAGUUCAAGUCAGUGUCUCCAGUUUGCUCAGCCAACUAGCUUGUCUGGACUAGAAAAAGCUUUAUACCAACCGUACUCCAAUAAUUAGACUAAACUGACCGAAGAGUACAAUAAAACUACCAAGAUGAACCCUGAUCGAUGUGGCUUGGUUGGGCAUCACCCUGCAAAGUAAAAGGUCACUGGUUCAAUUCCUGGUCAGGGCAUGGCACAUGUCUGGGUUGCGGGCUCAAUCCCUGGUCAAGGUGCAUACGAGAAGCAUUUUAAGGCAAAUAAAUGAUUAAUAAACAAUUAGUUACUUUCAAUAACAGGUAAGAUCAUAAUGAUGUCUCAUGAUGUAAAAAAUACUAAAGAUAAUAAAAAAUAAGGUAUGAUAUAUCACCCAAAUAUUACAAUAUGGAUCAGGGCAUUUUUCUUAAGGGACAAUACUGGUGAUCAUAAGGCAUUUUAUUGAACUUAAUUUUAAAAACCUUUAGGACGAAAGCGAUUAUUUGGAUAAAAUCAAACCUUAGUUUAAAAAAAAUACCUGUAAGGGUAUUUAAGUCCCUUUCCCGAAAAAUAAAGUACCCUUUUCUUGGUGGCAAGAGAAUGAAAAUGAGCAACCUCUACCAAUCAAAACAUAUCAUCAGAUCGUUACUAUAUAGAAUAUAUUAUCAGGCAAGAUAUUAAAGGUUACUAUUGCUUGUAGCUACUUACAGGCUAAUAUCAGUUUAAAAAUGGCUACAGUGAGAAAAUAUAUUCUGAAUGCAAUUUUUUUUGUUUUCUCCUACAGUGCAUUCUGGAAGAAAUUUGUUACUGUUUUUGGCAAACUAUACAUGCUAAAGACAAGUUAUGAGUUGAACAAUUCUGUCUCAGUUUCCAUUUCCCAAGUAACAUUUCGCCAUGCUACAGUAUUUGAAAACUAAGCCUGUGUCUAGCUAGAAGACAAGCAUUUGUUUGUACAGGAAUGGUAUUUGGGGGAUAUGUAAAGUUACGGAAUCCCUACAGCAAUUCUUCUACUUGAAAGGUUCCAGAUCAGUAAUCACUGCUCCGCGGGAGCCUUCUGUCCACAGCCUGAAGAAAAUGAGCAUAGCCUUUAAAUAAGUUCCUGCCUAUCCUGAAGAUGUGGUAUACUGAACGGAAAUGGAUGUAAAUAAAAUUCCAUUAUCUCACAGAA